AUGCGGGACGGCCUUAUUACAGGAAAAACUAUAUUUUCCAGGCAAUCUUUACGUAAGGAAAUAACAUUCGAGAGCAUCGAGUCUGCGACCCGCGCCAAGGAAGCACUCCACGGUUGCGACAUUUACUCCGGAUGCUGCACUUUGAAAAUUGAAUUUGCAAAGCCUGAAAGAUUGAACGUGUUCAAAAAUGACCAAGACAGCUGGGACUACACAUUGUCAGAAGAUGUACAGCCAACGCAAAGGAGCGCUCCAUUGCUACAGUCACCCCAGUACACCGGCGGACGACCACAGCCCUACAAUGCUACGACAGUGACGUCACAAGUGGCUCGAGCGUGCAGCGAAGACACGUGCAGUCAGCACAGCCAGCACUCAUGCGAUCAAAAUGAUAUGGAGUUCGGUAGUGGCGGUCCGCCUCCGCCCGGGAUGAUGAAAGAGAGACAUGGACCACCGCCGCCACAUCAUCCGCGCGACGGUCGCGGCUACGGGCCAGAGGGAUACGGUGAGGGUUUCGUGCCUCCCCCGCCAAUGCACCAUCCGCCAAUGCCGCCACAGAAUCAGGGUGGUCCACCACAGCAAGGUGCGGUGAUGAUGGUGUACGGCCUCGACCCCAACACCGUGAACGCGGACAGACUGUUCAACUUGUGCUGUUUGUAUGGGAAUGUUGUUAGGAUAAAGUUUCUGAAAACAAAAGAGGGCACCGCGAUGGUCCAAAUGGGCGACAGUGUGUCUGUCGAGCGCUGCGUGCAGAAUCUCAACAACGUGACCGUCGGCGACUACACUCUGACGCUUGCUUUCUCAAAACAAGCGUACCUCUCCGAGGUGAUGAACCCGUACCCUCUGCCCGACAAGAGCCCCUCCUUCAAGGACUACGUCGGCAAUAAAAACAAUCGGUUCCUCACACCCGCCUCCAUACAUAAGAAUAGGAUACAACCUCCGUCCAAGGUGCUGCACUUCUUCAACACGCCGCCCGACGUGACAGACGAGCAGCUGCUCCAGGUGUUCCAGGACUACGGCGUGACGCCGCCGCACACUAUAUCCAAGUUCCCGCUGAAGAGUGAAAGAUCGUCUUCGGGCCUGAUGGAGUUCCAGAACAUUUCACAGUCAGUGAUGGCAAUCAUGGCGUGCAAUCACGCUACCAUACAGCAUCCAGGCGCGAAAUUCCCGUUCGUGAUGAAACUUUGCUUCUCAUCGUCGCGGCAAAUCGGUCAAGGGAAGGGCCAGGCCAAGAACCAAAGCCAAGACGCGCCGAGACAUGACAACGGAGAGCAGGACUACUAC